UGGACGGUUGUGGAUUGAGGGCUUCUCUCUCCUCACCUCACAUGUCUCGUCACUUUUAUACAACAUGAGAUUCCAAAGUCCUUUUAUCACUUUGUUUUUUUCUCAUUUUUUAUAUUUCUUUUUCCAAAUUUUAAUUAAUUUAUUCAUCUUUAUGACGAACUAUUCGGGCCCUUUUGUUCUAUAAAUUCGAUUUCCAAACCCCUCAGAGCCCUCUUCCCUUUUGCUUUCUCUUCCAUUGUUUCCUUUGAUCUUGGCUGGUCUUUCUGCAGUCCAGAAAUCCAUUUGAUCCAUCUGGGUAUUUCAUCAUCUUAGCUUUCCCAUUUUUCUAUUAAAGUUGGGAUUUUGGGGUCAAAAUCCCCAAACCCAUCUUGAAAUCCAGCUGGUUUCUCCAUUUUUUUCUCACUUUCUUGACCUCAAAUCUCAGAAAGCUUCCAACUUUUAUGCUGGGUUGGGUUUUCUGAGACUCUUUCAAAUACCCAAAUUCACAAACUUUCUCAGGGACUGGUUUUUGUUUCCAGAAGCUUAUCUUAAUGCAUAACAUCUGGUUUUUGAUGUAUGAUAUUCAUGUCUCCAGUUCUGAGUGAAAUCCUUAUUUUCGAGUGUAUGAUAAAUUCUACAUUCAGGCGUAGGACCCAUUUAGUUCAAUCAUUCUCAGUUGUUUUCCUUUACUGGCUUUAUUACGUUUCAUGAUUUAAGCUCUCAUCAAACGCUAAUAAUAAGGCUACUAUCUGCAAUAAUAUUAUUAUUACUUCUAUUAUCUGCAAUAUUUAAGUUUAUUUUGUUUCUGGGUCCUGCUGUUAUCUCUCUCUCUCUGAAUUGCUCUCUAUUAGUGUGAAAAUCUGCAAAAUUUUCUGUGGUUUCAAUGGCUUCUUCUAGUGGGACAUCCUCAGGUUCAUCCAUGCUUCAAAACUCUGGUUCCGAAGAAGACUUGCAGGUUCUGAUGGACCAGAGAAAAAGAAAGAGAAUGAUUUCCAAUCGUGAAUCUGCAAGGAGGUCUAGGAUGAGAAAGCAGAAGCACUUGGAUGAUUUGAUGGCUCAGAUGGCUGAACUGAAGAAGGAGAACAAUCAGAUCAUCACCAGCGUGAACAUCACAAGUCAGCAUUACAUGAACAUUGAGGCAGAGAACUCUGUUCUCAGAGCCCAAGCGGAUGAGCUUAGCAACAGACUGCAGUCUCUGAAUGAGAUUGCGAGUUUCUUGAAUGCAAGCAAUGGGGUUUUUGCUGCUGGAGAUUCAAGCAGCUUCAAUGAGCCCACUGACAGCUUCUUCAACCCAUUGAAUCUGUCAUAUUUGAACCAGCCCAUCAUGGCUUCUGCUGCAGAGAUGUUUCAUUACUGAUCUCCAUGAGAUCAUCUGGAUUUUGGAUUGAUUAAGUUUUAGGGAGAGCCGGAGAGGUUUCUAGUUCUAUUUCAACUUUUGUGUUUUAGUCUAAGUUGUGGAAUCUCACUGUUAAUUAGAUGGUGUCUAAUGAAUAAUUUAUGUGUAAUGUAAAAGAAAUAGUUUUGGUUUUGGGUUCAAAGACUGUAAAUGGGGCUAUGAUUUGUUCAAGUGGAGUUUAAUAGCUAUUUAUGUAGUUGUGUUUCAAGUAAUUUUAUAAUAAUAUUGACUAAGUUGUCUUCAAA